AUGGCCGGGGCGGUGGGCGACAGCGACCUGCGGCACCUGCUGAAGCUGCACCGCACCGAGAUCGCCAUGGCGGUGGACGACGUCUUCCCGCUGCUGCACGGCUUGGCCGACCACGACGUCGUCACCGAGCACAUGUUCAAGGAGACGCUGAGCCGCACGGAGCGGGAGGGCUGCCACCGCGCUUUCCACGCCCUGCUCACCUGGCUCCUGGGCCGCGACGCCAGCGCCAUCCGCGACUUCUGGGGCGUCCUCUUCAAGGACUACAACCUGGAGCGCUACGCCGGCCUCCAGCCCAUCCGCGGCGGCUUCCCCCGAGACGCGGACCUGGGGCAGCAGCGCCGCGCCAGGCGGCCGCCCCCCAGCCCCACGGCGCCGGCGCCGCACCGGCCCCAGGGCAAGAGGAAGGCCCCCGAGGAGCGGGACGGGCCCUGGGCCGCCCAGCCCUCGCCGCGGCGCGCUGCCAGCCCCGGGCCCCCGGCGAAGGCGAGGGCUGCGAAGAGGCCGGAGAGCACGGAGAGCCAGCGCUUGCCCCGUGCCGGCGGCGUGCAGGCCGUGGCCGCCUCGGUGCAGAGAGCCGUGGCGGUGUCGGGCGGCGAGGCGCCCGUCGCCUGCGGGGCCGUCGAAGGCAUCCUCAUCCAGCAAGUGUUCGAGGCAGGCGGUGCCCGGCGGGGCCUCAAGGCCGGCGGGGAGCCCUACCCGCCGCCCCAGCGCCAGGAGCCCGGCGGCAAGAGCAAGAGCCGCGGCCCGAAGCCCGCUGCCCGGCCCAAGGGGGCCCCCUGCGGCCGGCUCCCGGCGCCCGACGCGCACGGCCGGCUCCCGGCGCCCCACCAGAACGAGGACGAGUGCGCUGCCUGCGGCGACGGCGGCGAGCUCAUCUGCUGCGACGGCUGCCCCAAGGCUUUCCACCUCGCCUGCCUCGUGCCCCCGCUCACCGAGAUCCCCAGCGGGACGUGGCGGUGCCUCUCCUGCGCGGCCAGCAAAGCCAGGCCCGACGGGCGCCGAGACGCGGACGCGGAGGGAGAGCUUCCCGCCGACACCCAGAAGCCGGCGGCGGGCGACGCGUGCGGCGUCUGCGGGGGCGGAGGCGACGUGAGCUACUGCGGCCGCUGCCUGGCGGCUUUCCACCCGUGCUGCCGCUUCCCCGCGCGCGGCGGCGGCCCGACGGGGGGGCUCUUGCUGUGCAAGCUGUGCGCUGACAGCCCGGAAACGGCCAGCCUGGAGGCAGCCACAGCCGCUGGAGACCACCUGCUACAGGCGGCGAAGGCGGGCGACGACCCCGGCGGCGACCCGGUGCUGAGCAAGGAGGAGCUGGACUCGCUGCUGGGCGAGAGCUCCUGGGACGGGAUCCUGCAGUGGGCGUUGCAGAGCAUGGCGCGGCCCCGCGCGGACUCCCACGGCCUCUUCGCGUAGCAUCGCCGGCGCCCGGGGCUGCCCGCGCCGGGGGGCCACGUCCCAGCCUCGUCCCGGCGCUAGGAAGGAGGCGAGGGAGCUGCAAGGCCGUGCGCAACGACGGCGCCAUGACUGCACCGGGGCCGGGGGGGUCGCGGAGACAGCGCAGAGGUGCGCACACCGCUCUGUGAGGUGCAAAGGCUUACAAAAGAAAAA